CGUUCAAGGAGAGAGAGACAGAGGGCGAAAGCGAAAGCAAAACCUGGAGAGAAGAAAAAGUUGAGAAACCAAACUUUGAUUCUGACGAACCAAAAAGCUUUGAAUCGCAUUUAACUCGACGGACCAAACGAAGAAGAAGAGUUAAGAAGCAGCUGCUCAGAAACCCUAACACCCCCUACCCUCCCCGAUCGUCAUCGUCUUCGUCGUGGUAUUCAAAGAUUGAGAAUAAAAGUCGGAGGAAGAGGAGGGAGGGAUCAUCGACUGUGAAUCUGCAUGGACGAGGGGAGACGGUUAUAGGGGGGGGGGAGCGAAGGAUUCGCUGCGAGUUCAGAAGACGAGCAGACUAUAGCAACAUGUCUGCCAUAGUGUGCGGCAAGAGAUCUUUCUUUGAGGACCUGCCAACAACGACCCCUGUUUCUUCUUCUAAGAGAAUCCGUUGCUCCUCUUCUACUUCUCCGAUUCGAUUCUCUCCCCCUAGGCCCAUCUCUGCUGCUUUGUCGUCGUCUCCUUCGUCGGCUGAUUCUACGCCUCUGCUCAAUCAUCUCAGAGCUAUUUUCCCUGGCAUGGAUGAUCAGCUUCUUGAAAAAGCACUGGAGCAAUGUGGAAAUGAUCUAGAUUCUGCUAUCAGGAGUCUGCAUGAACUUCAUUUAGAGUCCGGGGAUGGCAAUUUGGGUGCUGCUGCUGAGCCUGAUGGAAAUAUUGAAAAUGCUCAAUUAUCACCACAAGGUGUAUUGAGUACUGCUGAAGAUAUUGUAUCUUCUGAGGAGCCACUGCCUUCAAACAACCUCCUAAUGGAUGGCGCUGAGUGGGUGGAGCUGUUUGUUAAAGAAAUGAUGAGUGCUUCUAAUAUAGAUGAUGCCCGGGCCCGGGCCUCUAGAGUGCUUGAGGUUUUGGAGAAGAAUAUAUAUGCCCGUGUGGGUUCUGAGGCAGUACAAAGUUUUCAAAAGGAAAAUAUGAUGGUGAAGGAACAGAUGGAAGUAUUGAUUCGAGAGAACAACAUUCUCAAGCGAGCAGUGGCUAUCCAGCAUGAACGUCAGAAAGAGUUCGAUGAUCGAAACCAGGAGUUGCAGCAUCUGAAGCAGCUGGUGUGUCAGUGCCAGGAGCAGUUAAAGACGCUUGAGAUAAAUAACUAUGCGUUGACAAUGCAUCUGAGGCAGGCUCAGCAGAGCAGUUCCAUUCCAGGGCGUUUCCAUCCCGACGUAUUUUAAUAAAGAAAUAGAACCUGGAAGAAUUCCGGUUCCUAAUUUUAGUUAACGUUUUAUUGUUUGGGAAAGGAUCAAGUGUGUGAAUAUCCAUUUGUAUUAAAAAAUAGGCGUAGUGGUCAUUGCUAUUUGAUGCUGCUUUUAGGUUUUAUGUGAAGGCAGGUUAUAAAAAGUUCAUAUUUUUACAUUCUCAA